AUGCAGGUGAAUGGUUUAGACUAUUUUCUUAGUUGCAAUACUACAUGUAGCUCCUACACCCUAACCGCCCAGCAUGAUAAGAUUCCGCUCGAAUUAAGUCUACGAGGAACACCCGAUCGCGAUACUACCCCCGGGAAUUAUUUUGGUGCAUAUACAUUUGAACAACAUGACCAAACUUUGGUUGAUAGCUUCGGACAAUUGAAAGAAGUUAGACUUCCUCAACUAACCGGGCUAUAUGGAUGUUCAAAAAAAGCGAACCCGUCCUUACCCUCCAGUCUCACAACAGCUCAGGACUAUCUAGGCACAAUAGUUCCGGAUGAUGUAGAAAUACGUCCCCAUGGCUUCACACACAACGUUGUUAUCACCCCUGGUUGGUUUGCAGAAGGCGAAUUAGAAAGGCCAUUUGAUCCAUCCUUUACAAUUGAGCAGUUUCCAUCAUUCGAUAUGGUUCCCGAACCAUCCAAUCUUUCUGAAUCUCCUGAUCUAUCAGAACGAUCGCAUCAGUUUGCAGAGUUCAAUUACCCCGGACCAAGCCUCCACGUCUUUGUACCGAUUGCUGAAGAGACCCCUACAAUCAAAGCUCUAGUUCACAGAUCUAUCAGGACAACCAAAUCAGUUGGCAGAGUUCAAUUCCUCCGGACCAAGCCUCCAGGGCUCUGCAGCCCUUUGCAAGAGAUUGAUCCAUCUAAGGGCGAUUUUGAUAGAUCUAGAGGCAUAGUGGCCGACGGGGACCCCGAGAUCGAAGAACAAGGUAUCUUAACAGAUAUGGUGUGUAACGGAAGGUGUAAGGGAGAUCUAGUGGGCGAUCAUGAGUGUAAAUAUCUCCAAAGAAAGCGUUACAUUACUUGUCUUAGCAACAACUGUAUGCGCACAUUCAAGACGAAAAGCGACUUCAAUCGUCAUUGCAAAACGAGGCAUUCUACAAAAACCAAAAGUUUGAUAUUGUAUGAUUGUCAAUUUGCUGGAUGUUCUAAAACUGGUAAAAAGGGAUUCUCUCGCAAGGACAACAUGUUGCAGCAUUUAAGAAGGGUGCACAAGGUGGAUUUCCCAGUUAAGAAGUGGAGAUUUGGUACGGAGCUCACUUUAUAG